GUGUGUGUGUGUGUGUUGAGUCAGAAGCUAACGUGGCAGCGGUGGUUUGAGCCGUGCGGCGUCACAUUGGGAAACCUCAGAAGUUUCCAUGUGAGAGCGGGACGAUUGAAAAGAGAGCGCCAACGCCACAUCUUCCACAUCUGCCACAUCUGCCACAUCUGCCUCGCUCACCUGCACGCUACGAGGUCACGAAAGCAGAAGUGAAAACAAUUUGGUUUAUAUCGAAAUCCUUCGUGAGAGCAGAAGGACUUCCCGUUGGCCCUCACAUCUCCUUCCCGUCCACCUCCACACCGUCAUGGAGGUCCUGGUGCUCCUGCUCGCCGCGCUCCUCCCCCUACCUGCCGGUGGAGCAGCGACUCGGCAGGCUCCGCCCACCACAGACGACUGCUACCCGGCGAGUCCCGAGAUCAACCUGCUGAGAGAGGCGGGUGAACCCAUAAUCCUCUCCUUCCCCUUCUUCGAGAGCGAGCUGGAGAGACUCCACGUCGCCCCCCCGGCGAGGUGCCUCAUCACCGGGCGCAACGGCACCUACCAGGGCGGGGGGCGAGUCCAGCAGCGCCGCAACCAGCUGUGGUUCCUCCCGGCCCGGGCCGAGGACUCCGGGGAGUAUCUGUGCACGUACAGGAACGCGAGCUGCUGUGUGCGCGCGAGCAUCCGGCUGCAGGUGUACCGGUCCGGCUCCGCGGCCCGGCACAAGCUCUCCUUCCCGGUGCUCGCGCUGGUGGGGGAGCGCCUGAGGCAGCCGUGUCCCUCCGUCAAAGACUUCCGCGACGUGCAGGGACUCGUCGAGUGGCGCAAGGACUCCGCCCCCCCCCGGUCGGGCCGAGCGGGCUCCUUCCUGCAGGACGGGGACCAGCUGCUCAUCCCCGCCGUGAGGCGGGCGCACCAAGGCGUGUACACGUGCCACGUGCACGCGCUCAUCGACCAGCGGCACUUCGAAGUGAGCCGCACCGUGGUGCUGAGCGUGGAGGUUCGACCUCCUGUGAUUCUGUCGCCACAGAACGGCACUGUCUUUGAAAGUCUGCAUGGCUCAACACUGGCGCUCUCUUGCACGGUGCUCACCGACUGCCGGGCGGCGGAGGAGACGGCGGUCACGUGGCUCGUCGACGAGCGAUGGGCGGAGUCCUCGUACCUGGAGGGGCGCAGGGUAACCGGCGCGCCCGACGGCUGCCGCGUUGAGCUGAGGCUGGUCGUCGUGGCGAUGACAGAAGAACACACGCAGUCGGAGCUGAGGUGCGUCGCUCGGAACCGAGGAGGCCAACAGGAAGUGGUGGCCCGACUUCAGCUGGAGGACUCCACCGUCACCUGGCUGGUGGUCUCGGCGGGGGCCGUCUCCUGCUUCCUGACCGUGGUGUCCGUCUUCCUCUUCGUCCUCUUCCGGUCCUCAGGGAAGAGGAACAUGGACUACUUCCUGGCUCGGCAGAGCAGCUGCUAGGAGACCUGCUCCUCCUCCUGCUCCUCGUACUCCUCCUCCUGCUAUGUAAAUGUGUAAAAAAGAGUAACCCAACUCAUGUAGUGUGAAGUCAAACCCAAGACAAUGUGAGACCCCUUGAAGCUCCACUUGCUUGUUUAGGGGGGGGGGGGAGGCUACCAGGUGACUUAUUUUAUUUAAUCAGACAAAAGCAGAAAGCAAAUAAAAGCCUCGGGUGAAGUGUUUGGUGGAAGGAGCUCUGACUUCUUUUCAUACGUUUACGUUCUCCGGACUCAACAAAUACCUCAAAACUCAACGUUGACUGUUCCAAUGUUUGUUCGUUGGAUCUCAUCAGAUUCUACCGUGCACGUCACGUGUACGAAAUGUUGGACAGAUGUGAAGUGCGUUUGAAUAUGUAACAUUUCAAAUGUUAAAAUCAUAUCGAUAAUAAAUGUGUUUUACUGUGUUUAAGUCUUGAA